AUGCCCUUUGGAGAAGCUCUACAGCAGAUGCCGCUCUAUGCUAAAUUUCUGAAAAAUAUGCUAACUCGGAAGAACAAGUACAUCCAUAGUGACACCAUAGUUGUGGAGGGGAACUGUAGUGCCAUAAUUCAACGUAUCCUUCCACCAAAACAUAAGGAUCCAGGUAGUGCACUAUACCUUAGGCUUGGAGAGUUGGAGAUAAUGCCGACUAGGAUGACUUUACAGUUAGCAGAUCGCUCCAUCACCAGACCCUAUGGAGUAAUAGAGGAUGUUUUGGUUCGGGUCAAACACCUUAUCUUUCCUACUGACUUUAUGGUAAUGGACAUAGAGGAAGAUAUAGAUAUUCCCUUAAUUUUUGGGAUGUCCAUUUAUGGCUACUGCAAGCUGUGUAGUAAACAUGGGAAAAAAGAAGCUAGAAAUGGGUAUUGA